AUGGCCGAGUUCGAGGAUUACCAGCUGGGGAUCUCAACGCCAUAUUUUAGGCGGCGGGGUCUCCCGUGGCAGACGUACGCUGUGACUAGUGAUGGAAGAACUCAGACAGCCUUCCGGCUGCCUCUUCUCAAUUGGGGUUCAGUGAACACUCGCAUUCUUAAAGUACAGUGUUCGAAGCUGAAAGGUGGUACGGGCAAGAAUACAUUAUUUGAUAUCCGUUCGAUGUCUCUACCCCCGGAGACUAACCCUAGAGGUCGGCCUCGCACCAAC